CAGUUGUCUUUGAGCAACGAGCGAGCUCACAAGCCGAUUCAACAGUCUCCAAAGACGCUUAACGCGCCGUUUUGUUUCUUUUUUAUUUCGUCGCAAGCAAGAAAUUACUUAUUUAGAAAUGUUGGAGGCUGAAAAUCUUCCGAUUCCAAAUUUGGAAACAAAACCCGAUGAAUACGAUUCGUAUCAAUGUACUUUGUCUCCGAAGUUUAAGGAAAUUGCAAAGGAAGAGUUGAGGGAAGAUGAAAGUGUGAGAAUGCAGGCAUUGACCCAGUUCAGAGAAUGGAUAGCCAAACAUCCACACAUAAAGAAAUGUAGAACUGAUGCGCCAUUCCUUCUACGAUUUUUGAGAACGAAAAAGUAUUCAGUGCCGGUGGCUUGCGAAUUGUUAGAAAAAAAUUUGACAGUUCGUCAAAUGUUUCCAAACUGGUUUCAAAACUUGGACAUCAAUGAUCCAGCACUGGAAGCUAUUAUCGACAGUGGCUACUUAUUCCCACUUCCAGAACGGGAUGAACAAGGCAGAAGAAUUAUUUUCUCUUGUGCAGCUCGAUUUGACGCAACAAGAUUCACAUCCGCUCAAAUGGCACGAACACAUGCGAUGGUUGUUGAAUCUUUGUUGGAUGAACAAGAGUCACAAGUUGCUGGUUAUUGUUACAUAACCGACGAAGCGGGAUUAACAAUGAAUCAUGUCAGUUUAUGGUCUCUCAUUGACUUGAAAAAGAUGUCGAAAUGUAUUCAAGUUUCAUCUCCAAUGCGUCAUAAAGAAACACAUUUCGUCAACAUUCCAUCUUUUGCAAACAAAGUGAUUGAAUUUGCGUUGAGCUUAACAAGUGAUAAACUGAAGAAACGAAUGAACUUAGACAAGAAUAUUGACGAAUUGAAAGCUCGUGUUAAUCCUGCAUUACUUCCUAAAGAAUACGGUGGAACAAUUCCUAUGGACGACAUGAUUUCAACUUUCAAAGAAAACUUACGAAAGCAACGUGCUAAGACUUUAGCUCUUGAUGAAAUGUGCAUUGAAGUCACUGGAAUGCCAACAAAUUGGCUUGGUAAUGACGAUGCCGAUAUCGAAGGAGGUCUAAUGGGAUCAUUCCGCAAAUUAGAAGUUGAUUAAGAUUUAUUGAGUAUUUUUAAAUUUUUACAUUGACAUGCAGCACUAUUAAUUUAAUUGCUUUAACAUCAUCACCUCCAUAAGUUUAAGUUAAUCAUCUGUUAUUCCGUUUUCCUUAAUUAAUUUGUUAAGUUUUAAUUAUGAUUUUGUUAUGAUUUUUGUAUUGAGAUGAACUUCAAGUUCAGACAAAGGUGGAGAAAGUUACCAAAAAAGCUGUGAUCCUAUUUCGUCAACAAACAGUUGAUAGGAUGAAAUUGCACUUUUAAUUCUUUCUUAAAAUAUCUAAUUAAUGUGAAACAUUAAUCUGCACAACGUUUUGAGGAACAAAAUGUAAAAUUUUAUAUAAGGAUUUAUUAAAUAUUUUUGAAGCACUUUGGAUUUUACAUGAAACACUUUUCAACAAUUAAAAACUUAUUUAAUCAAUAAAAAUAGUAACUAGACCAUAAUUUUCUCAUUGAUUGUUUGACU